AUGUCGGACGUCCAGCUGGACGCCGACGCGUUCUGCUCGCGCCUCAAGCUCCUGUACGCGUCAUGGAAGGAGAGGCGGUUGGAGCUGUGGCGGGGUGCCACCAGCCUGGCGAUCUUUGUGGGGGGGCGGCUGGAGAGCGUGAUGUACAUGAAGUCGCUGGCGCUGCACAUGUGGCUGUUCGGAUACGAGGUGCCGGAUGUAGCAAUGGUGUUCACAGAGGCGGAGCUGCACAUUCUGGCUACGCAGAAAAAGGUCCAACUCUUCCAAAAACUAGCCAACCCCUGCACGGAGCGGGUGGGAGUGAAGAUGGUCUUCCAUACAAAGCCCAAGGGUGAGGACGGCUCUGCACAGGUGGCUGACCUGAUGGCAGCUAUCAAGGCGUGUGAGCCCUCCGUGGUGGGCUGCCUGCCUAAGGAGCAGCACGAGGGCAAGCUUGCAGAACGGUGGGCAGAGGCCUUUGGUGAAGUGAAGGAGAAUGCUGUGGACGUGUCCGCGGGCCUGGGGGCCCUGAUGGCGCUGAAGGACGAUGAGGAGGUUAAAAAGGUGAAGAAGGCAGCAUUCCUCGCAGCCAAGGUGAUGAAGGACUUUGUGGUGCCCAAGGUCGAAGGCAUCAUCAAUGAGGAGAAGUCUGUGAAGCACUCCAAGCUGCAGGAGCGCACAGAGGAGGUCAUCCAGGAGCCCCAGAAGGCAGGCAUCAAACUACGAGCGGAGAACUGUGACAUCGCCUUCACGCCCACCUUUCAGAGCGGCGGCAAAUACAGCCUGCGCCUAGGGGAGCCUUCCAACAGCGACAUACUCAAGGACGACGUCAUACUCAUCGCUCUGGGCACGAAGUACAGCAACUACCCAGCCCACAUUGCUAGGUGCUUCCUGAUCGACCCCAGCAAGUCCAUGGAGGAAGAGUAUGCAGCGCUGCUGGCUGCCCAGGAUGCGGCCGUGGCCUCUCUCAAGGAAGGGGUCGAGCUCAAGGCGGCAAAGGCGGCGGCCGUGAGGGUGCUGCAGGAGAAGGGCCAAGGGCACCUUGUGGCCAAGCUGCAGAAGAACGUAGGCUUCGGCAUGGGCCUGGAGCUGCGGGACUCGGCGCUGGUGCUGCACGACAGCAACGAAGCGGUGGCCAAGCCUGGGAUGGUGUUCAGUGUUCAUGUGGCGGUGUCGAAGCUGGAGUGGCCGGACGCACCCAAUGGCCGGUCCAAGAACUAUGCACUGCAGAUCGGGGACACCGUAGUAGUACAGGCAGGCGGCAAGCCACCAGAGGUCCUCACAGGCGCCUGCUCCAAGACCUGGAGCGAUGUGGCAUACUAUUUAAAGGAUGAUGAAGAAGAGGGUGAGGAGGAUGCUCUGGCACCCUCUCCGCCGGCUAUCCUGGAAGAGGGCUCCCGACGCAGGACUCGAACAGAAGACCCUGGCUAUGGCAGCAAGGAGGCACAACGGAAAGAAAUACAGGACUCCCUGUUGGCCAUUAAGAAUAGAGAGACGUAUCAAAGGCUGACGGCUGGAAAAGAUGGACCAGCGGAGGGCGCCAGCACAAGUGGCCGCAGGGUGUCUGAGAUCCAGGCCUACAGGAGCCCAGCGGCACUGCCACAUGCGCGGGACCUGGCAGUCAUGGUUGACCAGCCUAACGAGUCUGUGCUGCUGCCUAUACUGGGCGUCAUGGUGCCCUUCCACAUAUUGACGAUCAAGAACAUCAGCAGCCACACGGAUGGGGACCAUGCCUACGUACGCAUCAACUUUAACUUUGGAGGGAACUAUGAGCCUGCCAUGAAGAUGCCGCACAGCAUCUUCCUCAAGGAGUUGUCCUUUCGGUCAUCCGAUGUUAGGCAUGCAUCCAAAGUUGUCCAGGAAAUGAAGGUGCUUAGAAGCACCAUAGUGCAACGGGAGAAGGAACGAGCAGAAAGGGCGACGCUUGUGGAGCAGGAGAAGCUUAUCAAGACCAAGCGCGUCAUACGCCUGUCAGACCUGUGGAUUCGGCCCAACUUUGGAGGCAGGGGCAGGAAGGCCACAGGCACCCUGGAGGCCCACCAGAAUGGUUUCCGGUACAGCAAUUUUAAGGGCGAGCAGCUGGACAUAAUGUACAGGAACAUCCGCUUUGCAUUCUUCCAGCCUGCGGAGAACGAGAUGAUAACUCUGGUGCAUUUCCACCUUCACAACCCCAUUAUGGUUGGCAAGAAGAAGACAAAGGACGUGCAGUUCUACACAGAGGUGAUGGAUGUUGUGCAGACGCUGGACGGCAACCGCCGAUCCAUGUAUGACCCAGAUGAGAUUGAAGAAGAGCAGAGGGAGAGGGACAGAUGCAUAAAGGUCAACAGAGAGUUCCAGACCUUUGUGAAGCGAGUCCAGGAGAGCUGGGAGCAAAACUACCAUGACCUGCACCUUGAGUUCGACAUCCCGUUCCGUGACCUUGGCUUCAACGGUGUGCCACACAAGUCCACGGCCUUCCUGAUGCCCACCGUGAACUGCCUUGUGGAAUUGAUCGAGAUGCCCUUCACGGUCAUCGCCCUUGAGGACAUCGAGAUCGUCAACCUUGAGCGUGUGGGAUUCAACCUCAAGAACUUUGACAUGGCCAUCGUCUUCAAGGAUUUCUCACGGGAGGUGUUUCACAUCGAUGCGAUCCCCUCUCAGUCACUGGACACCAUAAAGGAGUGGCUGACCUCCGUGGAGAAGAAGUACUAUGAGAGCAAGAUGAACCUGGCGUGGAAGCCCAUCCUCAAGGACAUCAUGGAGGACCCCCAGGGUUUCUUUGACAAUGGAGGCUGGAAUUUCCUGGACAUCGACGCAAGCGACAGCGACGAGCAUGAGAGCGACGCGGCCUCCGAGUUCCAGCCCGACGGUGACGAGGAGGAAGCCUCUGCUGACUAUGACAGCAGCGAGACAGAAGCUUCGCUGGUGGACAGCGAUGAGGUGGUGACGGAGGACUCAGACGACUCGGAUGGUGGGGGUGAGGAGGCAGAGGGGCUCACCUGGGAGGAGCUGGAAGAAGAGGCAAAGAGGCAAGACAGGCAGAAGGGCGAGUUUUCUGACAGCGAAGAUGACGCCAAGAAGAAGAGGAAGAAGUCAUCUGCGGGGGGCAACGUUGCCAAGCGACCAAGAAAAUAA